ACUAAAGGUGCUGUUUUAUUAGCUUUGAGGAGUUUGAUUCUUCAGAUUCAAUCCAUGUUAGUCUCAUCCCUUAUCAACUUAAUCCAUAUGUUUCCAUAUGCACAAGUGAUCCAAUAUUCUAAAGAUUUUGACUUCAUAACUUGAUAUAACUGGGAUUGCACUCAAAAAUCUCUGAAGUGCGGUUUAUGUUCUUUGGUCUGUCGACUCGUCGAUCAUAAUGUUGAGAAAAUCAGAUACUUAAAGAGGAUAGUACCUACCCUCUUUCAUAUUCAUCUGUUAGCACCUUUAAUGAAACUUUGAUUUAAGCCCAUCUACGGAUAGCGAUUCCAAACUUCGGAGCAGAAGCAAAGUGAACAUCAAACAUGAUGUUAUUUCUAGUGAUAUUGUCAUCAUUGGUAACCAUGGUUACAGUGACAUCACAAGAUCAGUCUUGUAUAUCAUCUACACGAGGUCUCGUUCUCGCUCAUCACGUCUACAUGUCCUUCAAGACUAGCGACCCUCUAAAGUGUUAUCACGAGUGUACGUCAGACAUCAAAUGCCAAAGCAUCAACUACUACCGAAACACUCAAAUAUGUGAAAUGAAUAACAGAACCGCUGGGCUGAAACCGCAGUAUAUACGUGUUGACCAGUCAGCGGUAUACCUGGACAACCCCUACAAAACUCCUAUUGGUUCUUCAAGUGCCGUCCCUGCUGAAUCGUGCGAUGAGAUCAGAGAUAUCUACGGUUCUGUUAACAACAGCCUCACCUACUGGAUAGCUGAACAUGGAAAGCCUAUGGAGAUGCUUUGCUCCAUGUCAGGCCUGCUAGACCCAGAUCUCGCCUGUACAUUUUAUACAAACAUCACAAAUGCAACCAGAAAUGUUAAAUAUGGAAAUCCUCCAAAAACUGACAAAUGCGACAAAACUAUAGCCUUGGGCUGGUAUCGUUUGUGUGGGGAAGCCGGCGUUCGUAUGCCCUUCAAGUGCCCUCCAAAACAGCAGUGCAACACAGACGCACCUGGCUGGUUAAGUGACCCGCACCCGACCAUUGAAGAAGGGACGAUCUCAAGAAAGGUGUGUUUUCAUUGGCACAAUAACUGUUGUCACUGGUCCAGAUACAUUAAUGUGCGCAACUGUGGCGGGUUUUACAUUUAUCAGUUUCGUCCGACUCCAAGCUGUUAUCUACGCUAUUGCGGUGAAGACUAAACGAGAGUAACUGUAAUUAACUUCUAAAUAGUUUAGGCUCGUAGCCUUACGAGGUAAUUUUAGGGACAAAAGAAAAAAAAUAUUUUUGAGAUUUAUCACUCAAUUCAAAAUGGUCAUAGAAUGUUAGCUAUUGAUUCUUACUUCCUUCCACCCUUCCCCACCCACCCCACCAUAUAUUAUUAAUAUA